AUGAAGUUGACGUGCUCUCUGGUUGUGGUUAGAGGAGUUGUCGUUGACGUGCUCCCGGUUGUGGUUGAGUUGUCGUUGACGUGCUCUCGGUUGUGGUUAGAGGAGUUGUCGUUGACGUGCUCUCGGUUGUGGUUAGAGGAGUUGUCGUUGACGUGCUCUCGGUUGUGGUCAGAGGAGUUGUCGUUGACGUGCUCUCGGUUGUGGUCAGCGGUGUUGUCGUUGACGAGCUCUCGGUUGUGGUCAGAGGAGUUGUCGUUGACGUGCUCUCGGUUGUGGUCAGAGGAGUUGUCGUUGACGAGCUCCGGUUGUGGUCAUGAAGUUGACGUGCUCUCGGUUGUGGUUAGAGGAGUUGUCGUUGACGUGCUCUCGGUUGUGGUCAGAGGAGUUGUCGUUGACGAGAGUUGCGUGACGUGCUCUCGGUUGUGGUUACAGGAGUUGUCGUUGACGUGCUCUCGGUUGUGGUCAGAGGAGUUGUCGUUGACGAGCUCGCGGUUGUGGUCGUUGGUGCCGUCGUUGAUGAAGUUGACGUGCUCACUGUCGUCGUUAGAGGAGUUGUCGUUGUCGUGCUUCCUGUCGUGGUUGAUGAAGUUGAAGUGCUCUCGGUUGUGGUCAGAGGAGUUGUCGUUGACGAGCUCGCGGUUGUGGUCAGAGGAGUUGUCGUUACGUCGUUGGGUUGAGAAGUUGACGUGCUCUCGGUUGUGGUUAGAGGAGUUGUCGUUGACGUGCUCUCGGUUGUGGUCAGAGGAGUUGUCGUUGACAGGAGUUGUCGUUGACGAGCUCGCGGUUGUGGUCGUCGUUGGUGCCGUCGUUGAUGAAGUUGACGUGCUCACUGUCGUCGUUAGAGGAGUUGUCGUUGACGUGCUUCCUGUCGUGGUUGAUGAAGUUGAAGUGCUCUCGGUUGUGGUCAGAGGAGUUGUCGUUGACGAGCUCGCGGUUGUGGUUACAGGAGUUGUCGUUGACGAGCUCGCGGUUGUGGUCAGAGGAGUUGUCGUUGACGUGCUCUCGGUUGUGGUCAGAGGAGUUGUCGUUGACGAGCUCGCGGUUGUGGUCGUUGGUGCCGUCGUUGAUGAAGUUGACGUGCUCACUGUCGUCGUUAGAGGAGUUGUCGUUGACGUGCUUCCUGUCGUGGUUGAUGAAGUUGAAGAGUUGUCGUUGACGUGCUCUCGGUUGUGGUUAGAGGAGUUGUCGUUGACGUGCUCUCGGUUGUGGUCAGAGGAGUUGUCGUUGACGUGCUCUCGGUUGUGGUCAGAGGAGUUGUCGUUGACGUGCUCUCGGUUGUGGUCAGAGGAGUUGUCGUUGACGUGCUCUCGGUUGUGGUCAGAGGAGUUGUCGUUGACGUGCUCGCGGUUGUGGUUGAGGGUUGAUGAAGUUGACGUGCUCUCGGUUGUGGUCAGAGGAGUUGUCGUUGACGUGCUCUCGGUUGUGGUCAGAGGAGUUGUCGUUGACGAGCUCGCGGUUGUGGUCGUUGGUGCCGUCGUUGAUGAAGUUGACGUGCUCACUGUCGUCGUUAGAGGAGUUGUCGUUGACGUGCUCUCGGUUGUGGUCAGAGGAGUUGUCGUUGACGUGCUCUCGGUUGUGGUUAGAGGAGUUGUCGUUGACGUGCUCUCGGUUGUGGUUACAGGAGUUGUCGUUGACGUGCUCUCGGUUGUGGUUAGAGGAGUUGUCGUUGACGUGCUCUCGGUUGUGGUUAGAGGAGUUGUCGUUGACGUGCUCUCGGUUGUGGUUAGAGGAGUUGUCGUUGACGUGCUCUCGGUUGUGGUUAGAGGAGUUGUCGUUGACGUGCUCUCGGUUGUGGUCAGAGGAGUUGUCGUUGACGAGCUCGCGGUUGUGGUCGUUGGUGCCGUCGUUGAUGAAGUUGACGUGCUCACUGUCGUCGUUAGAGGAGUUGUCGUUGACGUGCUCUCGGUUGUGGUCAGAGGAGUUGUCGUUGACGAGCUCGCGGUUGUGGUUACAGGAGUUGUCGUUGACGAGCUUACGUGCUCGCGGUUGUGGUUAGAGGAGUUGUCGUUGACGUGCUCGCGGUUGUGGUCAGAGGAGUUGUCGUUGACGUGCUCGCGGUUGUGGUUAGAGGAGUUGUCGUUGACGUGCUCUCGGUUGUGGUUAGAGGAGUUGUCGUUGACGUGCUCUCGGUUGUGGUUAGAGGAGUUGUCGUUGACGUGCUCUCGGUUGUGGUUAGAGGAGUUGUCGUUGACGUGCUCGCGGUUGUGGUUAGGUGUGGUUGUCGUUGACGUGCUUCCUGUCGUGGUUGAUGAAGUUGACGUGCUCUCGGUUGUGGUUAGAGGAGUUGUCGUUGACGUGCUCUCGGUUGUGACGUUCAAGUUGACGUGCUCCCUGUCGUGGUUAGAUGAAGUUGUCGUUGACGUGCUCUCGGUUGUGGUCAGAGGAGUUGUCGUUGACGUGCUUCCUGUCGUGGUUGAUGAAGUUGACGUGCUCUCGGUUGUGGUUAGAGGAGUUGUCGUUGACGUGCUCUCGGUUGUGGUUAGAGGAGUUGUCGUUGACGUGCUCUCGGUUGUGGUCAGAGGAGUUGUCGUUGACGAGCUCGCGGUUGUGGUCGUUGGUGCCGUCGUUGACGUGCUUCCUGUCGUGGUUGAUGAAGUUGACGUGCUCUCGGUUGUGGUUAGAGGAGUUGUCGUUGACGUGCUCUCGGUUGUGGUCAGAGGAGUUGUCGUUGACGUGCUCUCGGUUGUGGUUAGAGGAGUUGUCGUUGACGAGCUCGCGGUUGUGGUCGUGGCCGCGUUGACGUGCUUGUCGAGUUGCGUGAGCUCUCGGUUGUGGUUAGAGGAGUUGUCGUUGACGUGCUCUCGGUUGUGGUUAGAGGAGUUGUCGUUGACGUGCUCCUCGGUUGUGGUUACGAGCUGUGAGGUUGUCGUUGACGUGCUCUCGGUUGUGGUUAGAGGAGUUGUCGUUGACGUGCUCUCGGUUGUGGUCGUUGGAGUUGUCGUUGACGUGCUCUCGGUUGUGGUUACAGGAGUUGUCGUUGACGUGCUCUCGGUUGUGGUCAGAGGAGUUGUCGUUGACGUGCUCUCGGUUGUGGUCAGAGGAGUUGUCGUUGACGAGCUCGCGGUUGUGGUCGUUGGUGCCGUCGUUGAUGAAGUUGACGUGCUCACUGUCGUCGUUAGAGGAGUUGUCGUUGACGUGCUUCCUGUCGUGGUUGAUGAAGUUGACGUGCUCUCGGUUGUGGUUAGAGGAGUUGUCGUUGACGUGCUGCUCGGUUGUGUUGACGUGCUCACUGUCGUCGUUAGAGGAGUUGUCGUUGUCGUGCUUCCUGUCGUGGUUGAUGAAGUUGAAGUGCUCUCGGUUGUGGUCAGAGGAGUUGUCGUUGACGUGCUCUCGGUUGUGCUCAGAGGAGUUGUCGUUGACGAGCUCUCGGUUGUGGUUACAGGAGUUGUCGUUGACGUGCUCUCGGUUGUGGUCAGAGGAGUUGUCGUUGACGAGCUCGCGGUUGUGGUCGUUGAGGAGUUGUCGUUGACGUGCUCUCGGUUGUGGUUAGUGGAGUUGUCGUUGACGUGCUCUCGGUUGUGGUUAGAGGAGUUGUCGUUGACGUGCUCCGGUUGUGGUCUGAGGUUGUCGUUGACGUGCUCUCGGUUGUGGUUAGAGGAGUUGUCGUUGACGUGCUCCUUCGUGGUUGAUGAAGUUGACGUGCUCUCGGUUGUGGUUAGAGGAGUUGUCGUUGACGUGCUCUCGGUUGUGGUUAGAGGAGUUGUCGUUGACGUGCUCUCGGUUGUGGUCAGAGGAGUUGUCGUUGACGAGCUCGCGGUUGUGGUCGUUGAUGCCGUCGUUGAUGAAGUUGACGUGCUCUCGGUUGUGGUCAGAGGAGUAGUCGUUGACGUGCUCUCGGUUGUGCUCAGAGGAGUUGUCGUUGACGAGCUCGCGGUUGUGGUUAAUUCGUGCUCUCGGUUGUGGUCAGAGGAGUUGUCGUUGACGUGCUCUCGGUUGUGGUUAGAGGAGUUGUCGUUGAAAUACGUGCUCUCGGUUGUGGUUAGAGGAGUUGUCGUUGACGUGCUCUCGGUUGUGGUCAUUGGUGGAGUUGUCGUUGACGUGCUCUCGGUUGUGGUCAGUUGGGCCGUCGUUGACGUGCUCUCGGUUGUGGUUAGAGGAGUUGUCGUUGACGUGCUCUCGGUUGUGGUUAGAGGAGUUGUCGUUGACGUGCUCUCGGUUGUGGUUAGAGGAGUUGUCGUUGACGUGCUCGUUGAGUGCUCUCGGUUGUGGUUAGAGGAGUUGUCGUUGACGUGCUCUCGAGGAGUUGUCGUUGACGAGCUCGCGGUUGUGGUCGUUGGUGCCGUCGUUGACGUGCUUCCUGUCGUGGUUGAUGAAGUUGACGUGCUCUCGGUUGUGGUUAGAGGAGUUGUCGUUGACGUCCGGUUGUGGUCAAGGUUGACGUGCUCCGUCGUGGUUGUUGACGUGCUCUCGGUUGUGGUUAGAGGAGUUGUCGUUGACGUGCUCUCGGUUGUGGUCAGAGGAGUUGUCGUUGACGAGCUCGCGGUUGUGGUCGUUGGUGCCGUCGUUGAUGAAAGGAUUGUCGUUGACGUGCUCUCGGUUGUGGUCAGAGGAGUUGUCGUUGACGUGCUCUCGGUUGUGGUUAGAGGAGUUGUCGUUGACGUGCUCUCGGUUGUGGUUAGAGGAGUUGUCGUUGACGUGCUCUCGGUUGUGGUCAGAGGAGUUGUCGUUGACGAGCUCGCGGUUGUGGUCGUUGGUGCCGUCGUUGACGUGCUUCCUGUCGUGGUUGAUGAAGUUGACGUGCUCUCGGUUGAGUUGCGAGUUGUCGUUGACGUGCUCUCGGUUGUGGUUAGAGGAGUUGUCGUUGACGUGCUCUCGGUUGUGGUUAGAGGAGUUGUCGUUGACGUGCUCUCGGUUGUGGUUAGAGGAGUUGUCGUUGACGUGCUCUCGGUUGUGGUCGUUGGUGUUGUCGUUGACGUGCUCUCGGUUGUGGUUAGAGGAGUUGUCGUUGACGUGCUCUCGGUUGUGGUUAGAGGAGUUGUCGUUGACGUGCUCUCGGUUGUGGUCAGAGGAGUUGUCGUUGACGAGCUCGCGGUUGUGGUCGUUGGUGCCGUCGUUGAAGUGCUCCUGUCGUGGUUAGAGAUUGUCGUUGACGUGCUCUCGGUUGUGGUUAGAGGAGUUGUCGUUGACGUGCUCUCGGUUGUGGUCAGAGGAGUUGUCGUUGACGAGCUCGCGGUUGUGGUCGUUGGUGCCGUCGUUGAUGAAGUUGACGUGCUCACUGUCGUCGUUAGAGGAGUUGUCGUUGACGUGCUUCCUGUCGUGGUUGAUGAAGUUGACGUGCUCUCGGUUGUGGUCAGAGGAGUUGUCGUUGACGUGCUCUCGGUUGUGGUUACAGGAGUUGUCGUUGACGUGCUCUCGGUUGUGGUCAGAGGAGUUGUCGUUGACGUGCUCUCGGUUGUGGUUAGAGGAGUUGUCGUUGACGUGCUCUCGGUUGUGGUUAGAGGAGUUGUCGUUGACGUGCUCUCGGUUGUGGUUAGAGGAGUUGUCGUUGACGUGCUCUCGGUUGUGGUCAGAGGAGUUGUCGUUGACGUGCUCUCGGUUGUGGUCAGAGGAGUUGUCGUUGACGAGCUCGCGGUUGUGGUCGUUGGUGCCGUCGUUGACGUGCUUCCUGUCGUGGUUGAUGAAGUUGACGUGCUCUCGGUUGUGGUUAGAGGAGUUGUCGUUGACGUGCUCUCGGUUGUGGUCAGAGGAGUUGUCGUUGACGUGCUCUCGGUUGUGGUUAGAGGAGUUGUCGUUGACGUGCUCUCAGGAGUUGUCGUUGACGUGCUCUCGGUUGUGGUUAGAGGAGUUGUCGUUGACGUGCUCUCGGUUGUGGUCAGAGGAGUUGUCGUUGACGAGCUCGCGGUUGUGGUCGUUGGUGCCGUCGUUGAUGAAGUUGACGUGCUCACUGUCGUCGUUAGAGGAGUUGUCGUUGACGUGCUUCCUGUCGUGGUUGAUGAAGUUGACGUGCUCUCGGUUGUGGUCAGAGGAGUUGUCGUUGACGUGCUCUCGGUUGUGGUUACAGGAGUUGUCGUUGACGUGCUCUCGGUUGUGGUUAGAGGAGUUGUCGUUGACGUGCUCUCGGUUGUGGUCAGAGGAGUUGUCGUUGACGUGCUCUCGGUUGUGGUUAGAGGAGUUGUCGUUGACGUGCUCUCGGUUGUGGUUAGAGGAGUUGUCGUUGACGUGCUCUCGGUUGUGGUUAGAGGAGUUGUCGUUGACGAGCUCGCGGUUGUGGUCGUUGGUGCCGUCGUUGACUCGUCGUGGUUGAUGAAGUUGACGUGCUCUCGGUUGUGGUUAGAGGAGUUGUCGUUGACGUGCUCUCGGUUGUGGUUAGAGGAGUUGUCGUUGACGUGCUCUCGGUUGUGGUUAGAGGAGUUGUCGUUGACGUGCUCUCGGUUGUGGUCAGAGGAGUUGUCGUUGACGAGCUCGCGGUUGUGGUCGUUGGUGCCGUCGUUGAAAGCGUGCCGUUGUGUUGACGUGCUCUCGGUUGUGGUCAGAGGAGUUGUCGUUGACGAGCUCGCGGUUGUGGUCGUUGGUGCCGUCGUUGAUGAAGUUGACGUGCUCUCUGUCGUGGUUAGAGGAGUUGUCGUUGACGUGCUCUCGGUUGUGGUUAGAGGAGUUGUCGUUGACGUGCUCUCGGUUGUGGUCAGAGGAGUUGUCGUUGACGUGCUCUCGGUUGUGGUUAGAGGAGUUGUCGUUGACGUGCUCUCGGUUGUGGUUAGAGGAGUUGUCGUUGACGUGCUCUCGGUUGUGGUUAGAGGAGUUGUCGUUGACGUGCUCUCGGUUGUGGUCAGAGGAGUUGUCGUUGACGUGCUUCCUGUCGUGGUUGAUGAAGUUGACGUGCUCUCGGUUGUGGUCAGAGGAGUUGUCGUUGACGAGCUCGCGGUUGUGGUCGUUGGUGCCGUCGUUGACGUGCUUCCUGUCGUGGUUGAUGAAGUUGACGUGCUCUCGGUUGUGGUUAGAGGAGUUGUCGUUGACGUGCUCUCGGUUGUGGUCAGAGGAGUUGUCGUUGACGUGCUCGCGGUUGUGGUUACAGGAGUUGUCGUUGACGUGCUCUCGGUUGUGGUCAGAGGAGUUGUCGUUGACGAGCUCGCGGUUGUGGUCGUUGGUGCCGUCGUUGAUGAAGUUGACGUGCUCACUGUCGUCGUUAGAGGAGUUGUCGUUGACGUGCUUCCUGUCGUGGUUGAUGAAGUUGAAGUGCUUUCGGUUGUGGUCAGAGGAGUUGUCGUUGACGAGCUCGCGGUUGUGGUCGUUGGUGCCGUCGUUGACGUGCUUCCUGUCGUGGUUGAUGAAGUUGACGUGCUCUCGGUUGUGGUUAGAGGAGUUGCAUCGCGGUUGUGGUCGUUGGUGCCGUCGGAUGUCGUUGACGUGCUCUCGGUUGUGGUUAGAGGAGUUGUCGUUGACGUGCUCUCGGUUGUGGUUAGAGGAGUUGUCGUUGACGUGCUCUCGGUUGUGGUUAAGGUUGAGUGCUCUCGGUUGUGGUCAGAGGAGUUGUCGUUGACGAGCUCGCGGUUGUGGUCUGUCGUCGUUGACGAGCUCGCGGUUGUGGUCGUUGGUGCCGUCGUUGACGUGCUUCCUGUCGUGGUUGAUGAAGUUGACGUGCUCUCGGUUGUGGUUAGAGGAGUUGUCGUUGACGUGCUCUCGGUUGUGGUCAGAGGAGUUGUCGUUGACGUGCUCUCGGUUGUGGUUAGAGGAGUUGUCGUUGACGUGCUCUCGGUUGUGGUCAGAGGAGUUGUCGUUGACGUGCUUCCUGUCGUGGUUGAUGAAGUUGACGUGCUCUCGGUUGUGGUUAGAGGAGUUGUCGUUGACGUGCUCUGUCGUGAUGGAGUUGUCGUUGACGUGCUCUCGGUUGUGGUUAGAGGAGUUGUCGUUGACGUGCUCUCGGUUGUGGUCGUUGGUGCCUUGACGUCUUCUGUCGUGGUUGAUGAAGUUGACGUGCUCUCGGUUGUGGUCAGAGGAGUUGUCGUUGACGUGCUCGCGGUUGUGGUCGUUGGUGCCGUCGUUGACGUGCUUCCUGUCGUGGUUGAUGAAGUUGACGUGCUCGCGGUUGUGGUCGUUGGUGCCGUCGUUGACGUGCUUCCUGUCGUGGUUGAUGAAGUUGACGUGCUCUCGGUUGUGGUUAGAGGAGUUGUCGUUGACGUGCUCUCGGUUGUGGUUAGAGGAGUUGUCGUUGACGUGCUCUCGGUUGUGGUUGAGGAGUUGUCGUUGGGCUCUCGGUUGUGGUCAGAGGAGUUGUCGUUGACGAGCUCGCGGUUGUGGUCAGGAGUUGUCGUUGACGAGCUCGCGGUUGUGGUCGUUGGUGCCGUCGUUGACGUGCUUCCUGUCGUGGUUGAUGAAGUUGACGUGCUCUCGGUUGUGGUUAGAGGAGUUGUCGUUGACGUGCUCUCGGUUGUGGUCGUGGGUUGGGUCGUUGACGUGCUCUCGGUUGUGGUUGAAGUUGACGUGCUCUCGGUUGUGGUCAGAGGAGUUGUCGUUGACGAGCUCGCGGUUGUGGUCGUUGUGUUGACGUUGAUGAAGUUGACGUGCUCUCGGUUGUGGUUAGAGGAGUUGUCGUUGACGUGCUCUCGGUUGUGGUUAGAUGAAGUUGUCGUUGACGUGCUCUCGGUUGUGGUUAGAGGAGUUGUCGUUGACGUGCUCUCGGUUGUGGUUAGAGGAGUUGUCGUUGACGUGCUCUCGGUUGUGGUCAGAGGAGUUGUCGUUGACGAGCUCGCGGUUGUGGUCGUUGGUGCCGUCGUUGACGUUGACGUGCCUGUCGUGGUUAGAGGAGUUUCGUUGACGUGCUCUCGGUUGUGGUCGUUGGUGCCGUCGUUGACGUGCUCCUCGGUUGUGGUUAGAGGAGUUGUCGUUGACGUGCUCUCGGUUGUGGUUAGAGGAGUUGUCGUUGACGUGCUCUCGGUUGUGGUUGACGUGCUCUCGGUUGUGGUCAGAGGAGUUGUCGUUGACGAGCUCGCGGUUGUGGUCGUUGGUGCCGUCGUUGAUGAAGUUGACGUGCUCCUGUCGUUUGACGUGCUCUCGGUUGUGGUUAGAGGAGUUGUCGUUGACGUGCUCUCGGUUGUGGUCAGAGGAGUUGUCGUUGACGUGCUCCUUCGGUUGAUGGUUGACGUGCUCCGUUGUGAGCUCGUCGUUGACGUGCUCCCGGUCGUGGUUGAGGAGUUGUCGUUGACGUGCUCUCGGUUGUGGUCAGAGGAGUUGUCGUUGACGUGCUCUCGUGUUGUGGUUAGAGGAGUUGUCGUUGACGUGCUCUCGGUUGUGGUCAGAGGAGUUGUCGUUGACGAGCUCGCGGUUGUGGUCGUUGGUGCCGUCGUUGACGUGCUUCCUGUCGUGGUUGAUGAAGUUGACGUGCUCUCGGUUGUGGUUAGAGGAGUUGUCGUUGACGAGCUCGCGGUUGUGGUCGUUGGUGCCGUCGUUGACGUGCUUCCUGUCGUGGUUGAUGAAGUUGAAGUGCUCUCGGUUGUGGUCAGAGGAGUUGUCGUCGAAGUGCUCUCGGUUGUGGUCAGAGGAGUUGUCGUUGACGUGCUCUCGGUUGUGGUCAGAGGAGUUGUCGUUGACGUGCUCUCGGUUGUGGUCAGAGGAGUUGUCGUUGACGAGCUCGCGGUUGUGGUCGUUGGUGCCGUCGUUGAUGAAGUUGACGUGCUCGUUGUCGUCGUUAGAGGAGUUGUCGUUGACGUGCUUCCUCGGUUGAUGAUUGACGUGCUCUCGGUUGUGGUCAGAGGAGUUGUCGUUGACGAGCUCGCGGUUGUGGUCGUUGGUGCCGUCGUUGAUGAAGUUGACGUGCUCUCGGUUGUGGUUAGAGGAGUUGUCGUUGACGUGCUCUCGGUUGUGGUCAGAGGAGUUGUCGUUGACGUGCUUCCUGUCGUGGUUGAUGAAGUUGACGAGCUCGCGGAUGUGGUCGUUGCGUGCUCCGUUGUGGUCAGAGGAGUUGUCGUUGACGUGCUCUCGGUUGUGGUUAGAGGAGUUGUCGUUGACGAGCUCGCGGUUGUGGUCGUUGGUGCCGUCGUUGACGUGCUCUCGGUUGUGGUCAGAGGAGUUGUCGUUGACGUGCUUCCUGUCGUGGUUGAUGAAGUUGACGUGCUCUCGGUUGUGGUUAGAGGAGUUGUCGUUGACGAGCUCGCGGUUGUGGUCGUUGGUGCCGUCGUUGACGUGCUUCCUGUCGUGGUUGAUGAAGUUGACGAGCUCGCGGUUGUGGUCGUUGGUGCCGUCGUUGACGUGCUUCCUGUCGUGGUUGAUGAAGUUGACGAGCUCGCGGUUGUGGUCGUUGGUGCCGUCGUUGACGUGCUUCCUGUCGUGGUUGAUGAAGUUGACGUGCUCUCGGUUGUGGUUAGAGGAGUUGUCGUUGACGUGUUCCUGUCGGUUGUGUUGUCGUCGAAAGGAGUUGUCGUUGACGUGCUCUCGGUUGUGGUCAGAGGAGUUGUCGUUGACGUGCUCUCGGUUGUGGUCAGAGGAGUUGUCGUUGACGUGCUCUCGGUUGUGGUUACAGGAGUUGUCGUUGACGAGCUCGCGGUUGUGGUCGUUGGUGCCGUCGUUGACGUGCUUCCUGUCGUGGUUGAUGAAGUUGACGUGCUCUCGGUUGUGGUUACAGGAGUUGUCGUUGACGAGCUCGCGGUUGUGGUCGUUGGUGCCGUCGUUGACGUGCUUCCUGUCGUGGUUGAUGAAGUUGACGAGCUCGCGGUUGUGGUCGUUGGUGCCGUCGUUGACGUGCUUCCUGUCGUGGUUGAUGAAGUUGACGUGCUCGCGGUUGUGGUCGUUGGUGCCGUCGUUGACGUGCUUUUGUCGUUGACGUGCUCUCGGUUGUGGUUAGAGGAGUUGUCGUUGACGAGCUCGCGGUUGUGGUCGUUGGUGCCGUCGUUGACGUGCUUCCUGUUGUGGUUGAUGAAGUUGACGUGCUCUCGGUUGUGGUCAGAGGAGUUGUCGUUGACGUGCUCUCGGUUGUGGUCGUUGGUGCCGUCGUUGACGUGCUUCCUGUCGUGGUUGAUGAAGUUGACGAGCUCGCGGUUGUGGUUACAGGAGUUGUCGUUGACGUGCUCUCGGUUGUGGUUGAUGAAGUUGACGUGCUUCGGUUGUGUUAGAGGAGUUGUCGUUGACGUGCUCUCGGUUGUGGUAGUUGGUGUUGUCGUUGACGUGCUUCCUGUCGUGGUUGAUGAAGUUGACGUGCUCUCGGUUGUGGUCAGAGGAGUUGUCGUUGACGAGCUCGCGGUUGUGGUCGUUGGUGCCGUCGUUGACGUGCUUCCUGUCGUGUUAGUUGGAGUUGUCGUUGACGUGCUUCCUGUCGUGGUUGAUGAAGUUGACGUGCUCUCGGUUGUGGUCAGAGGAGUUGUCGUUGACGUGCUCUCGGUUGUGGUCGUUGGUGCCGUCGUUGACGUGCUUCCUGUCGUGGUUGAUGAAGUUGACGUGCUCUCGGUUGUGGUCAGAGGAGUUGUCGUUGACGAGCUCGCGGUUGUGGUCGUUGGUGCCGUCGUUGACGUGCUUCUCUGUUGUGGUCAGGAGUUGUCGUUGACGUGCUCUCGGUUGUGGUCAGAGGAGUUGUCGUUGACGUGCUCUCGGUUGUGGUCUAGAUGA